GAUCUGCCUGCCUGACUUGUUAUCUGCUGUUGUCUGUAGAAUACACUUUCUACACCUUACACAGACUUCUUGAUCGAGUUAGCAGAGUUGGGGACAACGGACCAGAAUAGGCUAUCGAGAUUCUGAAUCCUUGAUCCGAUCGAUAAGUCACUGUCAUAUAACCGGCUGUCCCUUUGAGCCAUAACAAUUGGCGACGGGGUAAAAAAAAUACAAUCCAAAGUCAUUCUGUAAUUGGACAAAAUCCAGUCUAAUUAUUCAAUCAAUCAGUAUCCAGUUUGUCAUCAGUGUCCCUGAACGACAUUGGUCAUUAUUCAUACAGUAAUCUUCAUUGCUGAUGCUGAUCCAAAAAAAUGACACUCCCUUCCGAUCGAUUGCAGCUGCUCUUUGAACGACAUUUGGAGUUAUUAGUCAAGUUCCGCACGCAGCUGCUAAGUCAGUCAUGCUAUGAAGAUGCGACGGAAGUGGAUGGAUUGAUAUCUGAGUUACACAGUGAGCUGGAAAAUGACAACAGCCUCCAUGAAUCCUCGAUUAACUGUACUUCAAACGGAACGGCAGUCAUCCAUGAUGCGCCCAGUGGUCCAGUCCUCUCCAUUCCAGAAACAUGCCCGGUAAUGGACUCAAACUCCAUUAUCCCCAAAACAGCAUGUGCAGACGGUGACUUAUCCAGCUCACAAACACACUCCCUGGCAAAUGCUCAUAGAAUUGUCGCAAUAACCACCCAUGAAACAGAAAACAAAUCGAGCAGUACACUGAAUACAACUUCUUCAAAUGGUUCUCAUCAGUCUGCGACAGAUGUUUUUGACAAAUCUUAUUAUCAAGAUUCUCUUUUACCAGAAAAUAUGUCAGAUGCAUCAAAUGAUGAUCAAAAACUUAAUACAAUUUUGAUAGAUGCUAAUUACCUUGAUGAUCGAUUAUCUACAAAUAAGAUUCCAAAUAAAUUUGGUCACAAUAUUUCAGAAGAAUUAAACUUCGAACACCUCAUAUCAAGUGUCGUUCAGCCUCAAGACUUAGUCACUUUCAGUCAAUUCUCUGUUCAAUGCGAUAAAUAUGUCUUAAAUAAAUUCAAGUUAAUUAUAACGUGGGCAUAUGAGGAUCCAACACUGUUUCGUGGGGGAGGAUGGACCUGGAAAACUUAAAAUCCGGAUAUCAACUCCGGAUCUUCUAAAAAGGGGAGGAGUGUUGGGGACGAUAGAUCCCCAAACUCAUAUUUUAAAAUUUAUCUUAUCGAUCAUCUUAUUGAUUAAAUGUUAGAUAUUUUUAUUGGGGUCAAUUGGUGAACUAAUCGAUUAAAUGUUUGAAUAGCAGUCAAUUGAUGAACUAUCGAUUACAUGCGCAAAUAGGUCAAUUAAUGAACUCAUUGAUUAAUGUUUAAAAAUUUUCUAUCGAUUGUAAAUAAUUGUAUAAAUACGCUUGACUUGUAUGCUUGAUCUGAUCUGCCUGCCUGACUUGUUAUCUGCUGUUGUCUGUAGAAUACACUUUCUACACAUUACACAGACUUCUUGAUCGAGUUAGCAGAGUUGGGGACAACGGACCAGAAUAGGCUAUCGAGAUUCUGAAUCCUUGAUCCGAUCGAUAAGUCACUGUCAUAUAAUCGCCUGUCUCUUUGAGGCAUAACA